AUGUCCCGUGUUACCGCUGGUCUUCCCACAAAUCCCCGCCAGCGUGUGGCGAGGCCGUUCCCGCCGCCACAAGCAGCGCCUCGCCAGCAAGAUGAGCAACGUCCGAUGCGGUCAAUAUCGACACCGCGCCCAAGACAUGUCUCCACCCAUAGCGAAGGAGUGCCGGUCACUCGUACCAGAACCCAAUCUCGUCCUCGAAAUGACUAUCAAGCAACAAGAGACGCCCGCCUUUCUCGUGAAUCGAAUUCUACUUCGGCGUCGUCAUCGUCGGCAUCGUCGGAACGGUCGUUUUGGGCCCGCUCAAGUCAACGAUCGUCCAGGACCACGCUCCCUAGCGACGAUAAAUUGGAAUACAAUAACGGAGGCCAGGAAGGUUACAAGCCUUCUGGGUCUCAGGAAGAAAGCUCUUUCUACAGUUUCAGAGAUAUCGACACAGGCGUUGUUUGGAGUCGUGUUACUGGGGCAGCAUCUACCUUGACCCAAGAGGUGAGCAAGGCCUGGGCAUCGGGGCUAGGUCCCCUCAAUCACGAAGAUGAUGAUGAAGAGGAUUCUCAUCUGACGCGAGUGAUGAGGGCGUAUCACCUUUCCAAGGCACGCACUCCGGCUGAGCUACCUGACUGGCUGUUCAGUGAGCGAGAGAGAGGGCAGGGGGGUUUGUUGCGCCCCGACGCACCUAACGAUGGCAGUCAUGUCAAACCCGUACCGUCCACGGAACGUCGUCACCCCCGAGAUAUGCAGUCAUUCCCCCGACCCACACACUCGGAUGCUCAGUCGAAGAGCAUCCGAUCUCGUGCAGGGCAUUCCGAAGAAAUGACGGCGGCUCGCCCACGGCCCACUGGUAUGGAUCGCCUGAAGAGCAUACGGGACCUCAAACGCAAUGCUUCAAACAUCAGGCCAAUGGUGAAAGUGUAA